GAGGUCGUGCUUGACCUCAUCGCCGAGGCCAUGCUCCAGAAGGUCUCCGCCUCCAAGGGCUUCCUGAUCGACGGCUACCCGAGGGAACAGGCUCAGGGCGUUCAGUUCGAGCAGUCUAUCCUGCCCUGCACCAAGGUCCUGUACUUCGAGGUUCCCGACGAGGUGAUGGUGGAGCGCCUCCUGAACCGCGCCAAGACCUCCGGCCGCGUCGACGACAACGAGGAGACCAUCAAGAAGCGCCUGGCGACCUUCCACAAGCACUCAGAGCCCGUGAUCCAGCACUACAAGGACAAGUGCGCCACCAUCGUCGCCCUCGGCUCUCCUGACGAGGUGUUCGCCGAGGUGCAGAAGGCCCUCAGCACCAUCCAGUGAGGAGGAGGUCCCGGAAACACACUCCCACUCCUAGCGUCAACCUCCUUCUCCUUCUUCUUCUUCUUCUUCUUCUUCUUCUUCUUCUUCUUCUUCUUCUCCUCCUCCUCCUCCUCCUCCUCCUCCUCCUCCUCCUCCUCCUCCUCCUCCUUCUUCUCCUCCUUCGCCUGGCUCUUGGGUUUCCCCCCUUUUGCGGCUCUCGUCCCCCUCUGUUUGACGUCUCCUCGUGCUCUUUCUCCGUGUCUGUUUCUGUGCUGCUCUUCUCUGGUCUUCCAAAGGCUCCGAACUCCCGAUUAUGUCUUCCUCGACAACCUCCAGAACUAUGCAUUACAAUUAAUUUAAGAGUGACUUCGGAAGAAAGCAAUACAAGUCUACGCAUCUGACCGAACAUUUACUCGAGGGAGCUAAAAUCACUUCCUCUUCGCGACCUGCUACUCUCCCAGCGAGAGAGUAAGUCACGUGGCACACGCAGUUAGCUAGACAUCACGAUUCUGUGUCUUGUCAACCUGCUAGGCAAAUGCUCACCAUGCACUUAAUUCCACAAAUCACGAGUGAAGGGAAAAGCUUUUUGGAUACGCCGACGUACAAGUGUCUCUCACAAGGAGGUUUAUUUUAAUCUAGUUCAGUGAUGGACUGCGCCCUUGUCAGUAGGAACACCGAAAGCCGAAGCGGCCGGCGCCCAUAUUGGGCGGCCGACGUCAGUUCUCUAUUGCUGUUAUCAUCGUCAUCAACUAUCAUGCUUUUUAAGUCAUUGCCAUAUUUUUCUUGGUGGAUAUUGACUUUAUUACAUAGGACGAUUCCACUUAUACUUUCGGACUUACGGAAUAAACUGUGACUCUGGA